AUGGAGAAAGUAAAGGAACGUAUGAAACAACUCAAAGAUGCAAUUGAGGACGCUCAGCAGCGAGAAACGGACGCAAAGAAUGCAAUCAAAGAGUUAGACGCGAAGGUUGACAUUUGGGAAGGCGAGAAGACAACUUUACUAAGCAGGAUUAAUGUAGUGAAGGCUGAAUACGAAAAGAUUUCAGAACGGCUUGAAGAAAGUGAAGCGAAAUUGGAUGACGCUGAAUCGAGGACCGAGGAAUCCGAAGUGCGUAGAAAAAAAUUAGCCGAGACAGAGGUAGAUGACUUCGAGCGAUCUGAAGAGAUUGAGAAUACUUUAAAAGCGGCAGCGGUGUCGAAAGAGAACGCGGACCAUUUGCUUGUCGACGCCGAGCGCAAAGAGAUCGUCCUUGAGGGUGAUGUCGCGCGCAUUCAAGAGAAAUACGAGAAAUUCACGAUGCAAGCCGACGAUUUGCAAGAACGCUUGGACAGCUACACGAGCGAAAUACGCGAGUUAGAAGAGAACGAUCGCGAAGCUUCGGACCGUGAGAACGUGAGCGAGGAGAAAAUUAAAUUUCUGGAGAAGCAAAUUCGAGAGGUCGUAAGCACCGCCGAAACACACGAACGAAACGUGGGGAAACAGGAGCGAUUGCGAGAUAAGCUUAGCGACGAAAUUUGCACCUGGAAAGAAAGACGCGAAGAAAUUCGUCACGAGAUGGAAGAAGCCAUGGGUGGACUUCUAGACGAUGAAUAA